GCAAGACUGAAGUAGUAAGUCGUUUUUGAUUUUGUUUGUUUGAAGCAACUGCUCGAGACACAAAGUAAACUAAAGAUGGACUCUGACCUUGGUCAAUAGCAAAGCUUAGUUUGGCGGCUCGUGGUUUGCUCAAGGCCCCGCUAAAGAACAUGAUCCAAGGUUUGCAGCAAGAACCCGAAGUUUGAGAAUAAAGGUGAUGGCUCGAUGCCUAAAUUCUUACGCACAGGAAGCCAUGCAUGAAGAGCAUUACGAAGAAGACGUCGAUGACGAAGAUUUGGAUGAUGACGAUGUUGACGGUUAUGAAGGACUCAGUGAUUAUGAUGAAGAAGAUAUACCAGGAUCCUCUGGCUAUGGAAGUCACAGUUUCGGUAGUGCUGCCAACGAGGGCAGAAGCGCUGACUUACGACGACAAAGAUCAAUCAGCGAAGGUGGCGCUAUGUACAACGUCGAGGCUGGUGAAGACAACAGACGAGAUCAUCACAAUCAACUCGAACGUAAAAGACGUGCUAGCAUUAAAACAAGUUAUAAUGAUCUCCGAGAAGUCAUUCCUGGGCUACGAGGAUCAAAAGCAUCUAGAGCAGUCAUACUUCAGCGCGCAGUUGAGUGUAUCGAAGAGUUGGUCAAAUUGAAUCGUGAUCAUACUGUCUGUGUUGAGACACUAAAACGGCAAAACGACCUAUUAGAUUCACGAGUUCAAGAGCUCCAACGUUUGGUGCAACGAAUGGAUGGCGAAGAAGCGUGCAACACUCCAACAUCGAGUUCGUCCGUUACUAACACUAUUUCCCCAAAUAAUAAUGUCGCCCUUCGAUUAAUAUCACCAACAGCUUCGGCUGUCCCGAUGUAUCGUUGCACGUCUCAAGACCCACUUCAGUCAUCUACAUCCACAGACUGUCCCGGAACUGUUUCUGGAACAGAAUAUGUGUCGUCUAGUCAUCCGCUUGUUCCUCAAUCACAAAAGCCUGUUCUCUGCACUGUGGCAAGUUAUUCUCCCUCUGCCCUUGGCCGUGCUAAUACAAUCAUGCAUUUCGUCACUAACUCGAGCACCAUAAAUUCAGUGGGGGCACUGGCAACCGACAGCAACACCACGAGCCUAGUUUCUAGUUCACAUUCUGCAUUUUCCCCUUCUGUUUCCUCGUCUGAUGGAUCCAGUACCGGGCCUGCAAGAUCUCUUUCUCAGCGGUCUAGUCCUGGCGGGUUGUCAUCAUCGUCUAAUACUUCAUCCAAUCCAACAUCACGACAAUCCUUUAGGAUAGAUGAUGAUUACCCAGCAGUUUCAAGGGAAAUAAAUUCAGCUGGGUCGUUAGAAAAUAUCCCGACGUCUGUGGAUUGUACUAUACGUUCGAACAUCAAACCACUUCGCCUACAGUCGCGUUCAUCCUCUAGUCCUUCACGUUCUUCACCUCCAAUUUUAUCAACUUUGUUACCUGCUAAUCGUAAACCAGAUUCCCCUUUACAUUCAUCAUCACACUCGCUAAACUCAGGAAGUUACAACUCGCAAGGAACUUUAGGCGGAAAGUCCAAGCGUCGCAAGUUUAGAUAAAUUUUUCUCUGUAGUCUUCCUCUAAGUUAUUAAGUUUAUUUUGUCUUUGUUCCUCGUAACUUCUGGGAUAUUGGCUCACAUUAUAUCUCGACAGGCGGUAUUCUAGUUUUACCCAGGAUUUCAUUUUUAUCAAAAGUGUUUAAAUAACUUUCCUGAUAUUCAGGUUUUUGUUUUUGUCAAUUUUAUUCACUCACCGAGUAGAUUAGUUUCCACAGAUGACCACAUUCAACUUGUUCAUAUUCAUCUUGAACUUAUCGAACUAAUAUAUUUUUAAUUAUAUAAAUGAACUCUUGUGGAUUAUUCACUAUCUUUUUCUUAAUGCACUUGCUGUUUGUCAGUCAGUUUUCACUUAAACUAAUAUGUGUGUAGUUAAUUGAUGUUUAUUUACGUGUCUAAUAUAUAUGCUUGUAAAUCA